GCAUCACUCUGGCAGGGCAUCCGUCACAGUCACCCUCACCUCGGGGGACACCGCCGUCCUUCCGAAGUCACAGUGCCGACCGGCUGUGGGAGGGCUCCUGCAGCCCGCAGAGUGCGACUUGGCGUGGGCGCAUUCCGGCCUGGCGUGCUCUCUCAGUCUCGGCCGCCAUCCUGGUCCGCGGACUGGCUUGCGCGCGUGCUGCUCCUGGCGAGGCUGGCGCGAGGGCGCCGGCAUCGCAUGUCUGGCAGCCUCUCCGGCGUGUGCUGCCAUGGCCUCCGGCGGCCGUGCGCCUGCCGCUGGUGAUGGAGCUGCGAUGGAGCCGCAGCACAUGGCCGUCGGCAGCGCGAACACGGCGGGCAUCGCUGCUGCCCCGCCGGACAGGCCUGCGCCGCUGCCGGACGCAGAGUCGCCGCACGAGGCAUCGCCAUCGUCCGCUGCGGAUGGCCGCCAUGCGCUGCAACGAGUGGUGGCUACGCUCACGGACCCUGCCACCGGAGUCCGUCUCGACAUCUACGACGACAGCACCGCCACUAACAUCGCGCGCGUGCUCAUCUAUGCCGCCAAGGCUCAUGUCCGGGCAGCUGCUGCAGCUGCCCCUGGUGAACACGAGUCGCUCCUGAAGGCCUUCGCGCUCCCGCUCUCCAAGGCUGGGGCCGACAACGGGGAUGAGGCUGCCAAGUGCCUUCCCGACGCCGAGGUCAGCCAGAGCCUCAUCAGCGCCGAGUCUGACAUCCAUGCCGUCGAGCGAGGUGCGACCGCCAUCCUCCUCAGCGCCGCGGCCCACAGGCGCGCUGAGGACAACGCGUCUCUCCACACCGAGGCCGACGAGGCCGGGCCCGGCGUCGCUUCUGGCACCCCCUUCGGACCGCUUCCGGGGAGCUCGGGAAUCGAAGCCCCCUCCUCGCAGUAUGAGGCCGUUCGGAGCCCGGGAGUUGGGGCCGGUACUAUCGCUCACGAGGCAGGUGCCGAUAGUCUGAUCUUCACGCCCCAGCGUGCAGACGGCAGACCAGAGCAUGGAGCAACCUCUGUCACGCCUGGCCUCUCCAGCCAGGUGCCGACACGAUCAGAUGCGGCUAACAUCUUCGACGAAGUUCACCUUGCCACGCCGCUCGCAGCUAAACGAGACCCCCAUGAUCCCGGAAGCUCCAGUGACGCCUCCGCCGAGGCCCUUGCCGAUGAGAAGACGAACGAGUCCGACAAGAUGAGCCUCCCAAAGGUGCCAGAGUUCCCUUCCGCAGCGCUGAAGUCAGAACUCGUGGGCGCCGAGGGUAAUCUGGACAGCAACGCUGAUCCCAGGGACAUCGUUGAUGACCAUCCUGUGUUCCAAUCCGUGAGUGGAAUGCAGGCAGAUCUGAUCGGUGAGGGCUGCCAGCACCUGGGCCUCCUCGUAAUUGGCGGCGGGCUCGGGUCGGCGGACCUGGCGCGGGAUGCCUUCCGCCGUCAGCAGUGGCACCUCAAGAGCGCGGCAGGUCGCACGGCACUGUGGCACAACAUCGACAAAGUUGGCUGGGAGAUCGGCGUGAGCAAGCAGCAGGUGAAGGCCGUGGCGGAGCUCAAACCAGUCCUGGCAGCCCUCUUCCCGAACAGCCCGCAGCACAACUGGGACGCAGCCUUCGAUAUCAAGAACGACAGGGGGGAGGUCAUCAUCCUGCCGAUGUCGUUGCCAGGCAACGCCCACCAGGGUGGCCCCAUCAAAGUCUACGACUGCGACAGGACCACCCACAAGAUGAAGAUCCCGCCCACCGCGAACGCGUUGCUGCAGGACCUGAGCAUCGACCUCAAGCUCCACCCGAUGGGGAACCUUUUAGACCCUGUACGGAUGCCCAUGGACGCCCUCUUCCCUCUUUACGCUUUCUGGCUGACGCCGUUUCGACCGCCGCCGCCGAUCACGGACGUCGACGCAACCGGACUGCAGCAGACUAAGUUCGCGUACGAGUGCGACUGGCUUCUCUCCAAAGGUCGCACAGACCGAAGCGCCCCGCCGCCGACCUGGCAGGGGGCCAUGUUUAACGAGCAAGGCGUCCUGACGACGGACCCCCAGGAGAUCUUAGACCUUGCCGAGUCCUUCUUCGGAUUACUCGUCGUCGAAAUGUUCCUGGAUGCCUCGGAUGAUUUCUUCGAGAUCCUCGCCUCCCUCUCCGAACUUAGACUCCUGAAUGACCCAUCGAUGGACGAGCCCUGUGGCUGGGACGAGCACGAUGUUCAUCUUAUCGAGAAAAUGACAAUCCCAUUGCACAUUAAGAAAUGGCGCCCCAUUGCUGUCCUCUCGGCGCUAUGGAAAGCUUAUAUGCAGAUACUGUCCGAGCUAGGGAUAAAGGUCCUGGGCCAUCAGAUCACCUUCGAUAACAAUGCGUCGGUCGAAGUGGACAGGCGCAUACGUGCCGCCUGGAGUGCAUUUGCGCGCCAUAAGAAGCUGCUGGCCACGAAGUGUGGCACCAUCUCCAAUAGGUUCCAGAAGUACGCCCCAGACAGGCUUGCACUCCUGGCCCUGCUGUGGAGGGGCCAACGCUUCCUGGCGGACGUUAAAACACGUUUUGGCUCCCAGUGCCACGGCCACAUUUUCAAACCUAGGAGAUUCGAGGACCAAUUUAAGUUUCUGAUCAGUCACGACUAUCAGGAAUUAGCCUCCGACCCAGAGAUGCGGCAGCGGUGUCUUGAGUCAACCAUGGCUCGGGAGUACAACCCGUGGGUCAAGCAGGCCAACGGGUGGCGUCGCAAUGGGAAGAAAGGCGGCGGCAAUGGCGGCGGUGGCGAUGGCGGUGGCGGUCGUCGCCGCGCUCGUGAUGCCGCGCGCCUCGCCUGCAGUGUCUGCGGGGCCUGUGGCCAUUGGGACUUCGACUACCACAAGAACUGGUGCUGCAGUCGCUGCGGUGGCUGCUACGUCGGCGACGGUGGCGGUGGCGAGGCAGCGAUGGGCGUCGGCGACCAGGGGAACACUGCCCCUGCCGACCCUGCCGACCUUGCCGCGCACCUCGCGAUGUUGGCGACGAAGUUCCCCACGAUGGCCCAGGAGCUCGAGGCGGCCAAGCGCAAGGCUGAAGAGGGUGGCCCCCAGCCUGUUGCGCCUCCAGAGCCGCCCGAGCCCGCUUCUCAGUCGGAGCUUGACAAGCGUGCCUCGGCGAAGCCCACGGAGCUUUCCAAGGCCGUGGAGGCGGCGGCUCGCGCUGAGCGGAUCGCACAGGUGUCCGUCGAACAGCGCUUGUCCACCGUGGUCAAGCACAAGGAUAACCUUGCCAAGGCGGAGUUGGAUCACGCCGAGGCCAAGCAGUACUGGGAGGAGAUGGCGGCCGAGCUGCGCGAGGCCAUCGCCCAGAAGAACUUGUUCAACGCUGAGCAGCACAUGCAGGGGAUCCGCACCGCGGAGGAGCGCCUGGCCCGAGAGGCUGCGGCGGCCCAGGCCGAGGCUGCCCGCCUGGCGGCUCUUGCUCGUGCUGCUCCUCCUGGGCCUGGGGCCCCGCCUGGAGGUGGCCCGCCGCCUCAGGGUCCUGGCGGCCCGCCUGGGGGCGGCGGCGUGGCGCCUGGCGGGCCCAUCCUCCCGGGCAUCACGCUGGCUGGCUUCGUGGACUUCGCCUGGGUCGAGCAGAACUUGCACACCCUGGAGGAGGCGGACCUCGUCCGCUUCGAGGGCAGGUCGGCCAUCGGAGCCGUACAGUGGAGGGCCAUGUGGAACAUGGCUAAGCAGCAGCACUCCCCCGACCUCCCCAUGGACGAUGCGGCGUCGGAAGCGGCGUCUAACGCGGGCGACGAUCCUGAUCUCGCUGAGCUUCGUGAUCUUCGCAAGCGUGCUGCUGACCUGCUGACCGUGGCGCAUUGGUGGGCUAAAGUGUUGUCUUUUCCGCCCACGACGCCUGACGAGGUCAAGGCCCUCAUCGAUCAGGUGGUUGCUGGCCCGAGGCACGGCUUCGACAGGCAGGCUAUCUGUCCAAUGGCGUUUGCCAGCGCUGUGGAGUGGCGCAGUGUCAUCCCGCCGCCGCGCCCGGCGGGCAUCGUGCGUGGAAAGUCCUUCGAGCUGGACGACUUCGACCUCGGGGCUACCGUCGGCAUGGGCACCUUCGGACGCGUCCGCGUGGUGAAGAUACGAGGCAGCGCCGACAGGGCUCCUUUUGCCCUCAAGAUUAUGAAAAAGAGCGAGGUUAUACGGCGCAAGCAGGUGAAGCACGUGAAGGAUGAGGCGGCGAUCCUCUCGCAGAUCCAGCAUCCUUUCGUCGUGAACCUCUUGGCAACGUUUCAGGAUGAGAAGCGGCUCUUCCUACUGCUGGAGUUCGUCAACGGGGGUGAGUUGUUCUCGCGCCUCCGGACCAAGAACAGGCUGCCCGAGCAGGUGGAGCAGCGGGCUGAGGCCUUUGUCGAGGUAAUCGUCCACGUCCUUGUGCGCAGGGAACAAGUGACAUUCGGUCUGACUGGCUGCGAUCUGAUACUGCGCCAGAUCGCAGCAUGGACCGCCGAAGCUGACUCCAACUCAGGGCCCCAGGAAUUCGCCUCCGCCUCCAGUGCAAGCAAGCCCGUGAACACGCAUUGCAGGGCAGCGAAGCAGGGCGAGCGGCCGCUGAGGCGGUCGGCGGGGCGGCGGCCCGACGCGCCCCCCCGACGGCCUGCGCAGGCGCGGGGCGACUGGCAGGCGCAGCGGCGCGGGGCCCGGGCGUCGCCAGAGCGGCCCUGCGAGGGGCGGGGCAGGCGCAUCGGCCCUUUCGACGCCUUGCGAGGCGGAGGCAACGAUGACGAGGGCGAGCCCGAGGUUGUCGUCGAUGAGGGAGGUAUCUGGUCGCAGUCUGUGACGGCGAGCGCGGUGGUGGCAUCGCCGCGAGGCGUCGGCUCUGAGGAGCACGACGAGGACGCACUGCCGGCCGCGGCCCUGGCGCAGGCCAGGGAGGAGCAGCGGCUGAUAGGCUUAGAGAAGUCCGUGGAGCAGCACGAAGAGGCGAGGAGCAUCGACGAGGACAUCGGGCCCGAGGGCGCCGAGGGUGGGAAGCUGAAGGAGGAGCUCAGCGAGCCUAGCGUCGAUGAGGUCGCGACGGAGCGCGCGGCCGCGGAUGUGGCCGAAAGGGAGGUGGUCUCCGUCGACCAGCACGGCGAGUCCGAGGCUGAGGCUGCGAGACCGGGCGGGCCUUGCGACGAGGCAGUCGACGUGAUCGGCGUCGGCUUGGAGUGCGCGGAGGCGGCCAGCGCGGGCAGGCGGAGGCGCAAGAGGGCCGAGAAGGCCGAGGCGAAGGAGCAGCAGCGCCUCGAGCAGCAAGAACUGCAGCGGACGCUGGCGGACGCGACCGACGUCUGCCUCGUCUUCGAGUACCUUCACUCCCGGAGCAUAAUUUACAGAGAUCUGAAGCCAGAGAACGUGCUAAUCGAUAGCGCCGGCUUCAUCAAAGUUACCGACUUCGGAUUCGCAAAGGAGGUGGACGACCGAACUUGGACACUGUGUGGCACGCCAGAGUAUCUGGCACCCGAGAUCAUUCAGUCUAAAGGCCACGGGAAGGGGGCGGACUGGUGGGCCUUGGGCAUCCUCCUCUUCGAGAUGCUUGCAGGCUACCCACCAUUCUAUGACGAGAACCCCUUCGGCAUUUACCAGAAAGUGAUCGGAGGCAGGGUGGACUUCCCAAGGCACUUCGAGUUGAUGGCGACGGCGCUCAUAAAGCGGCUCCUGACCCACGACCGCUCCAAGCGCUACGGUUGCCUGAAGGGCGGCGCGGAUGACAUCAAGGGGCACAGGUGGUACAGAGGUUUUGACUGGGAGUCGUUGUUAUCUCGCCAGCUUCAGCCAGAGUACACCCCGUCCGCGAGAGCCGCGGACGACACGUCCACGUUCGACCGCUACCCGGAGAGCACGGAAGCAUCCGCCCCUGCCAUCCCCGCGAUGGACCAGCAGUUGUUCGACGGGUUCGGGCGAUCCGUGUCCUUCUCCACGCGGAGCGCCAACAUCGCCGCUUCGUUGCACCCAGAGUCCGCUGGAGCUGCCGACAACGUCGCCGAGGCCGCCGCCUCCCUGGAGGGUGGAACCGUGGUGGCGCCGCGGACCUCCCAGGAGGUGCGCCUGUGGCCCUCCGAGCGGCUGCAGCUCCCAGGGCCUGUCCUGCGGCACUGCCCAGCCCGCCAGGACGAGACCAAGGAUGAGGUGCAGCAGCCAAGAAUCAAGAACAAGGCCGAGCUGGUGGACUACGUGCGCCAGCACGAGGUACCGACGGACGGCAACCCGGAGCUGAUGACGAUGCCUGCGCUGAAGGACGCGGCCUACGCGCACGACGAGGUGGUCGACAAGAUCAACUGGCUGGUGACCAAGCUGCGCGUGGACUACCCGCACGACCUGGCGGUGCUGCAGCGCGAGAAGGGAUCCUGGCACCUGAGGGUGAGCCGGACCGUGGAGCUCGCGGACCUUGGCGGGGCCGACCCCAGAGAUGUCUCCACGUACGUCCCUGUGCAGCCCGUCCACUCCGAGGAGCCAUUCCUUGUCCGGACCCGUUCGGGGGACCAGAGGAAGAUGCACCGCGCAAACGAACCACGACUGGCCAUGCGCAUGGAGCGAACGCAGCCACAGCCGGCGGUUGGAGCCCACAAGUUCAGGCUUACCUGCCGAGGACCACCGCACCUUGUCCCAAAUGACCGCGACGCUGGCGCGAGACGGCCCGCCCCGCGCUUCGAUGCUUACACCGGCAUGCCCAGGUACAGCAACCAGUGCGGCGCGCACUUGGCAGCCCCGGCACGACGAGGAGGCACCGCUGCGCUGUGCCUCGUGUGCGCGGGCGUGGGGUUCCCGGGGAGCCCUCGCUGCGCCACGGCCGGAGGCGAG